AUGCUUGUUCAGGCGUCGCAUGCGCGACCGGCCGGAACAAUGCUUGAAACUGAAUAUGCUCGCCGGCGAGCCCCUCCCAUAGAUCCGGCGAUGAGCGCCAUUGCCUAUUCCCAUUCCAGGACCCGCACAACCUCGUCGAACAUCUUUCCCGCCCACUUUCAAUCGCCGGCCGCCCCUCCAAACAAUUACUACCCGCAAACACAUCUGGCUCAACCUCAUGUGCAGCAUCAGCGCCGGUCUCCCAGUGUAAAUACGUUCAGCACCAAUUCCAGCGGCGGUGCCCCUUACAGAAACUCCCCUUCCAUGGACAUCAGGAGAUCGACCUCGAGCCGUUCCGGCGGGGCACCCGGUUCUCCCCAGCAGCCAGGAGGCUAUGUGGCCCUCCUUCGAAAGCAAAAAGCUACGGUAUGGUGCGACCGCGCUCAGCAGGAAGAUGCCAGGCUUCUCGCCCAGCAACGCAUGGCCAAGGUGCGGGCUAACUCCGAGGUGGUCGGAACCAACAACAGCCCUUCGCUCGGACCCGUGAGUGCCGGUCGGACCUCGACCGGGCUCAGCUCUGCCGGUGGAAAGGUUGCGGCAAAGAUCAGACACCACGGAAAACCCACCGUUAUCGGAUACUCCCCAGGAAGCAACUUCAACGUCGUCGGCGGUGUUCCUUUACGUCUUAGUGCUACGGAGGUGGAGGGCGAGGAAAGCGAAGAUGAAGCCACCAUUCAGAGAUCCAAUCACCGCCGGCAAGGUAGUUCCAGCAGGAGCAGCACGACCAGCAGCAGGAAAACAGCACCACCGUAUCGCUCGUCCGGAGGCCUCGGUCAGGUUACACAAGGUGGAGGAACUCGGUGGAGCCCGCACGGAACCCCCGAAAGGUCAGGAUCACUGGUAGAGGACACGCAGGGCGAGCAACAAUUCGCCAGCGAGGAGGCUUAUGGGAAAGCAAAGAGCUUCGCCAGCGGUAGCAGCGGCGAGCGUCUGGAUACUGUGCCUGACCUCCAGGCAAACAGUGCACAGGUGGCCAACAACAGUGCGAGAAAUGCCUCGUUGACCCGCGAAAAAAGUUUGAGAACACCAGACGAGCUCAAGAGACGAGGAAGUGUGGACGAGAGAACAAUGACUCUCACGACUGGCCGCUUGUAUAUUGCCAACCCUGAUUGA